UUUCAUCAAAAAUACAAUAAAUUGAAAUUCAAUGUAAAUUGUAAAUAAAAUACUAUUUAUUUACCGGAUUUCUAAAAACUAAAAACAUACGGCUUUCUUGUGAGACUAUUAUCCAAUCCAAUAUCACUACCAUGCUGGCUGCUUUAGCACUAAACACUAGAAAUACCUAUCCUUUAUAGGUGUACUGUAUUAGAGCUGAAUUCUGAAGGCUACAGCUAUGGAUUACUUGAAUGUGGAUCGUCCCACACCCUCUUCUAGUUUCAUGAAAGAUGCAGAAGAAAAGGAGGCAAAUGAUGAUCUUGAAGUGGAUAACUCUAAAUGCGUGCUACAGAAGAUAGCGACUCUGUAUGCAGAUCAGCUCAUGAGUGACCUGGUGCUGGAGGUGGGCGGUGUCGGCUACCCGGCCCACCGCCUUAUCCUAUGUGCUAAUAGUGAGGUUUUUCAGGUAAUGCUCAUGAACAGGGAGUGGAGUGAGUGGCGGGAGAGCCGCAUUGUGCUGCAGGAGACCACGUCGGCCGCAGCUGUCUUUCCACUGUUCUUAAAAUAUUUGUACACUGGCCAGAUACGGAUCUCACAUCAGACAGUGCUGCCGGUGUUGUCUCUUGCAGACAAGUAUAAUGUUAAGGACCUAGUGACGCUGUGUCUGUGCUACAUGUCGAACCACAUCGCGCAGGCGGCGCGGCUCGGCGAGAUCGUCGCCUGGAUGCAGUACACCAUGGCCUGCGGACACAACGACGUGGCCAAGGCGUGCCAGAACUUCGUGAAGUGGAACUUCGAGUGGGCGUGCUCGGAGCGCGAGCUGCCGCGGCUGGAGGGCGACGCGCUGCUGGCGCUGCUGCAGCACUCCGACCUCGUGCUGCACAACGAGAUGUCUGCACACGAUUUCGUGGUCCGCUGGCUGUCAGUGCAGCGGGAGCGACUGAACGCGAGCGGGCUGCCCGAGGCCGAGGUGAAGGCGCACUGGGAGAGCCUCGUCGUGGCCGUCUUCUCACACGUCCGAUUCCCGAUGAUGUGCCCCAAGCAGUUAGCCAAGCUGCUGCUGAGCCCGCUCAUACAGGAGCACAAGGAGUUCUUCAUGGAGCGACUCGCCAUCGCCAUGAGCUACCAGUCAGGUCAAUACGAACGCGUCUCCGAAGUCAUGUCUCUACCAGGCAACAGCUCCCUCUUCACGCCGCGCCUCUACACCGAGGACACGUGGGGCUCCGUGCUGGCCGUGGACAACUUCCACUCGCUGCCGUGUUACCACACGCGCCCGUUCAUAUUCAGCACGCGCCCAUGUGUGUCGGACGCCGACACGCAGGACAAGCUAACAGAAUGGACCAUCGAGCUCUACCCCAAAGGCGUCUGGUUCCGCAAGAGCCUGCUGAUAGUGUGGGCGCGUAGCUACGACGUGCCCGAGGCGGUGUUGCGAACAGUGCGACUGUCCAUCGCGUGCCAGCACCCGCCAGAAGAGGGGGACUUGAGGGUUAAGAUCGGUAUCCUAGUGUGGGGGGUGCAGAAAGGAGUGGAACACAUUUCUUCAGUCGUCGAAAAGGUCCAUAGAUUCUCUGCACAAAACAGAGUGCUAAACAUAGACGGCGCGCUAGACUUCGACGAGUUGAACACGCCGCUCUACUCGCCCUCCCCCCGCGCGCGCUCCCGCCCCCCCUCGCCCGCGCCGCAGCCGCAGCAACACAGUCGCUGUGCGAACUGCGCGGGCCCGUGCAGCGUGACCGACGAGCCGCGGCACCUGCUGGGGCCCAACCGAGACCAACUGAAGAUACAAGUGGUGAUAGUCCCUCUGACGGACUACUGUACGAUCGGCAACCCGGAUAUGAACGCGUGACCGCUGUCUCGCACCAACCGAAACCAUACUUAGAGGAGGGAAAUAGACGGAGUAUUGAUGUAGUCCUUACACAAUGUCGUUUGUGUUCAAGUUAGGUAUGCGGUACUUCGGUGCAGAUGACGCAAGCAUUUGUGCUAUACAAGAUGAUGCUAAAGUGGUAUAAAGACUAAAGGGGUGUGACUCAGGGGUGAAAAUAAAUAAUUUUCCGUUUUUUUACGAAUUUACAAAAGUUGAAGAAACAUUGCUGAGAAUGACGACCUGAGUCACCUCCGUUCGUUUUACUAUACUUAUCAUCCCAGUAUAAUCAAAAGGUCACGUUUAUUUGGCGUUCGGCACGAUGUGAAAGAUUAAUCAAAGAGUGUAGCACUAGUUUAUGAAAUAUCGCGCAGUUUAAAUGAUUAGCUGUGAUGACCAAACUGUGAAUAACUUUACAAGGUUUAACUCUUUUGUCUGCACAAAGUAAGAGACAAAUAAUGUUCUUGAUCUCGAUUUAAUCACUCAGAAGAAGCUUAUUCUUCAAUUUUAACAGUUGAUGUUGUUCAGGAUAAAUUUACAUAGGCUAGUUCACUGAUUACAUUUCACCCUAUAUGUAUAUUUAAAAACGAUGUGAUUAAUUUUUCUUUAUGUUGAAUAGUAUUAUUUAUUUACUGCGUGUUGGAUUUUGUGUAAAUAAAGUCUUCAUAAUGUGUAUGAAGUCCAAUUUAAAAGGAUUCUUACAGUAAAUUUAAAUUGUGCAAUAAAAAUACAAUGGCACAUAUAGUUUGAUUUUGAACAGCCUUUAUUCGUCACUUAUGUGUGUAUCCAAAAGGAGACUUAUGUAGAAUAAGGGAUGGUCUAAAGAUGCUUGGAGAUAUCCAAGGUUUGAGUCUGCUUUCGCAGGUAAAUCUAGUUAUUAUUUAAGAAUUAACAUGAAUUGUAUGUGCCUAUUGAUUUUACAUUAUAAAUAAUAAUAAUAAUAUACUUUUCAAUCACA